CAAAGAAGAAAAAAAAUCAAAAUAAGAAAUGAAUGAAUAAAUAGAUAAAAACAUUAGUAAACGAUUUAAAUGAGAAGGAAAUAGCUUUUAAACGUGUCUGUUUAGACUGUCAUAAGAGGAAAUCAAAAGGCGAAGUGGGGAAGGUGUUUGACUGAUGUUUAAAUUUAUUUUUUAGGUUAAAGAAAAAUACCUGUAGGAGGAAAGACCUGAUGUGUUGACAUUCUGCAGAUUUUUCGUAAUAUUGGAAGGACGGAGAAGUGUGGGAACAUUUCUUUAAACUUUUAUUAAUAAAUGAUUGGUAACUAGUGGAAGGACGAAGGGAUACACGAAAACUUCUAUUAAAUCUGUUAUUUUAAAUUCUUCUAAAAACCAGUUGAAGGUUAACAAAAUCAUCUCGUUACGAAAUAGUGAUAAACCUAAUGAAAGAAGUGAGGCGUUCGUGAAGCUAGUUGCGUGAAAAAUUGAUAAAAUAAUUUCUUAUGAAAUCCUGUCACGAAAUAUUGAUAAAUCGAAUAAAAAAAGAGAUAUUCGUGAGACAUUUUACGUAACAAAAUUCCAUUGAUGAAUGACUUUGAAAUCAGUUGAAAGAACAUUAAAUUAUUUUAUAAAAUAUUGUAACAAAAUAUUGACAAAUCGAAUAAAAAGUGAGAGAGAGAUUUGUGAAAUAUUUUUCGUAACAAAAAUUUCAUUGAUAAACGACUGAAGUCAAGUGAAAGUACAAUCAAAUUGAUUUUAUAAAAUAUUGUCACGAAAUAUGGAUAAAUUUAAUAAAAAGUGAGAGAAAUUUGUUAACCAUUUUACGUAAAAAAAUUCAUAGAUAAAUAACUUUGAAGUCGAGUGAAAGCAGGCGAAUCGGACAUCUUAUCGCAAGCACUGCCAAAGCAGGAAGCUAUUACGCGAACUUGUAAUUCGCAUAACGCGUCAUUUCAGCCAGUAAUGGAAGGAGUAACAGGUUCACCAUUCGGUGGCUCGUUGGUGGCAACCCUGCGACGCGGAGCCUCCCUCCGAAGGAUGUCAUGGAUGCCCAGGCCCCACCUGGACUGCAGGACGUGGCUCACGGCCCUCGACCUCCCUGCUUACAUCCCCUGCUUCGCCAAGUUCGGCGGCGUCGAGGACGUCUUAUAUUACGACGAGGCCGCCGUCAAGGAACUGGGCAUACGUCAUCAGGGGCACCGCGCCAAGAUCAUGUCGUCAUUGGCUAUCCUGAGGGAGAAAUACGAAAAGAACCACAAACUCAAGGGCGUGGACCCCAACCCCCGUCUGAGCCUAGUGGAGGAGAGACGCCAGCAGAGACCCCUGCCGCCGGAUCCCAUCACACAUCCUGACGUUAUCCUCAGAGCGGGUGCUGGAGCAAAUAGAAGAAAUGCCAGGAAGAGGGAAGCAGCUAUUCUGAGUCCCAACACAAUUGGCAAAAUGUCUUUCGAACUGGACGCGGACACCGGCGAGGUCAACGCCGAAGUGGGCGAGCUCAAGAAACUUCUGGAAUGGGAAUUGAGUCUGGACGCCGGGGACCUCCGUUCCCACGCCUGGUACCACGGCACCAUUCCCAGAGUUCGCGCCGAGGAGGUCGUCGUCAAGGAGGGAGAGUUCCUCAUCAGGGACUGCAUCUCUCAGCCGGGCGACUAUGUCCUAACUUGCCACUGGUCUGCGCAGACUCUUCAUUUCGUCAUACAGAAGACGGUGGUUCAACCCAACACAGUAUACGAGAGGAUUCAGUAUCAGCUGGAGGAUGAUGCUUACGACACCAUCCCCGACCUGGUCAGGGCUUAUGUGGGAGGCAAGCGACCCAUCACCAUCUCCUCCGGUGCCCGAAUAUCAACCCCAGUCAAUCGAACGGCUCCUCUCAGUUUUUAUGCCUCGAAGUACGCCCUUCAGACAGCUCACACGUUCUCCCAUGGCACGUUGACGAGACCCAUCAACAGGUCGUCUGAACCGACACCAAGAAUAACUGGGGGCACUUUACGUCACCAGCAUUCCUACAGCGGACCCAUAGGCGUUGGGUGCACAAUCGUGAGGAGUCCAGCACACUCCCCACCAAGAAUGCGAAGAGAUACUGCUCCCAUUUUGCCCAUCAAAACUAGGAACAACAGUACCUCCAGGCCUUCUGAUGAAAUUUCUGAGGGUGGCACAGGUGCCUUGAGGGAUGAAGAACGAAGUUGUAGCAACGAUGGCGUCAUAGGCCCACGUCCAGUAGUAGAGCAGAACAAGUUCACUUCGCAGUCGCUCCCAAGAAAGAUGACCACAAAAUCUUUCUCUGUAGCAACAGAGCAUUUUGCAAACAUGCCUUCUGAUCCUAAUGUUAGCUUGAGAGUAGAUCUCACUCCCACAGAUAAGGUAAUUGAUGAUGAAGUAGUACCGCAGGCCCCUCCACCAAAGCCCUCCAGAGUCCCAUCCUUCAAGGUGAAGCCAAAAAAACUGCCACAGGCCAACAUACCCCCAUCAGCCAUAUCAGAAAGGAUUUACGCUGAAAUUGAAGAGACGGAAGAAGAUGACAAAAAAGAAUGCAAAAAGCAAUGCGUUGAAGAUCUUGUUACUCCCACGGAAAGUGGAGACUUGGAAAACAAUGGCAAAAGUUUUGAUAGUGGGACACUCACUGCAGAUACAGCAUCAAACCCAAGGCACUCACGUUUGUCUGAAAUGUACCAGCCCUCUGGAUCUGAUUCUGGGAACGGCUCUGGAGAUUCUGUACAGACUUCUGCAAGUGACACUAGAAAUCGCGACAGUCAAGCCUCUUUUGGCGACACUGGUAGUGUUCAUCUAGAGGAGGAUUCCGUAGUCGACGAGGAACCGGUAUUGUUCACAAUGCCGGAAAUGAAUGCGACAACUGCAUUUGACCUUGAAAAUUUCAGCACCCUUCUCCUUAGUUCCAUUGAGAACAAACCACUCGAUGGUACAGCGCUGAAUGGUGUUAAGAAUACCCUUUUAGAAAGUGGUUCAAGAGUUUUAGCAGCUCACCUAACAAGGGCUGAUCUUGAAUUGCUGAAUGGAACUGGUGAAUGUGACUUAGGUCUUGGGGUUACAUCUGGUAUUGAACUAGUCACUCUUCCCCAUGGGGCUCAGUUAAGGACAGACCUAAUUGAAAGAACGGAAUGUUUAAAGUUACUUGUAGCAGUAACAAUCCUCAUGAGCCCAGAUCUAAACGAGCGAGCAGAAAUUAUUCAUCGUUGGAUACAGAUGGCUAUCGACACAAAAACCGCAAUGGGCAACUUGUAUGGUUUCACAGGUCUGAUGCUUGGCCUAUGCAUGCCGGAGAUUCAGCGGCUGACUAACACAUGGCACACAGUAAGGCAGAAGUACACUGAUUCAGCAUUUAAUUUCGAGUCAAAACUACGGUCAACACUGAAGGCAAUGAAUGAGUGCACCAACCCUCAGGCUCCUAAUACAACCAUCCCACAUCUUCUCCCAUUCAUGCUUUUGUGUGAGAGAAACUUAGAUGACAUCUAUUCAAUGCACAAACAUGCAUCAUCAAUAUUGCAGUGGGAGAGUACAGCUGCGGAUUAUGGUUUGCAGAUGCUCUUCACCCAUCUCCAAGAAGCAAGGGCCAUAACGCAAAAUUUACCUCUGUAUCGUCGGAACGCAGAUCACAUUCUCUCGGAUUCAAAUAUUCUAGAUGACCUCACUCUUGACAUGUUCCGAAGCGAGUUUCAUCUCAAGUUUUUGUGGGGGAGCAAAGGUGCUACUGUCGACAGCGAAGAACGCCAUGCAAAAUUCCAGCGUGUGAUCAGCACUCUGUCGGAGAGGUGUGAGCCACCACCUGGAGUUUCUUAAUAAGCUGCUCAUUUGAAGCACAGCAGUUUCCAUAGGUGCAUUUGAAAGUUGUACAUGGAAACUUGAGGACUUUGCUCAAAGACAGUUUCCUAUUUGACAUGCAUUCAUUUAUGUUUAAUUAUAAAGUCUGCAAAAUGUACAAUGGGCCAUCAUUCUUUCAGAGGAAGUCAUUCAAGAAAUAAUGAAGAAGAAAAAUGUCCUCUUUUCAAAAUGUGGAUACUAACAAAAUCACACAAGUAUACCUUUGGCUAUAACUGAUUCUUGAAAGGUAUAGAGUCCUUCGCUCGAGCUUGCUGCUGUAACUUCAGUGGUUGGUACUUCCACAGAUAUGGGAAGGAAAUUUCGAAUUCUGUAUCAGAUCCACACAAAUCAAUUGUGAAAGCAAAUCUGUAAUGUAAAGACAUUUACUAUAACUACUUAAUUUAUCGUUACUAUAAGCUCUAUAUUAGUCACUUUUAUACUGAAGUGUCAAGGCGUAAAAGUCAAAUGAAAUUUUAAUGCAUAACAAGAAGGUGCUUAUCAACCUGGUCAAUGACAUAAGUAUAAGCAAAUGUUUUAUUCCCCUUUUAAGAAUCAGCAGUAUAAACUUGCAGGUAAACACAUAUAAUGGAUAACUUAGUGCAUGCAAACUACAGUCUUAACUAAACUACUACUAUGCUAUGUAUCCCUUCACAUGCUUGUUAGCCCUGUUUGAUGUGUUAUAUCUUAGCAGAGGCUUGACAGAAGUUUUAUUUGAGCAUCAUUCGAUUAAUAUUAAUCCAUUCACCAAGAUCACCCAGUUGUACGUAUUGUUUUUAAAAUGUGAGACCCUGAAAUUAAGAACCAAAUUAUUUCCAAACCAUUGUGAUGUCUUGUAUACUUUUAUUUUUGCAUAUUUUAACUUGUUUGAUAUGGAUGUUUAUAGCCUCUGAGAGUGUUUCUUGAAAACUUUUACAAAAUAGUCUUGCAUCGAAGAUUAUGUGUGUUUAUAACUGUACGUCAGAAUUAUCAGCUGAUUAGAUCUAGUCACAGGACGGGUCGAGUGGCUUCACUGGCUUGUGCUGAAUCUGUGUAUAUAUAUAAAUAUAUAAGUGAAUUUGUACUUAUUGUAAAUAAAAUAAGAAUAACAUUA